AUGGCAGUACCAGGAGGAGCACAGGGCGGCGCGUCAUUUGAAUGCAGUCUCUCAGGACAAGUCCUCGCCGGUCAGUUCCGCCCCCUCUACGAUCGGCUCCUGGGUCUCUGUGAACAUGCGGCCCAUUCAAAGAUGUUUGAACACGAGUUGAAGUUCGCACCCGCUGUCCAGAGGCCGAUGUACUCUGCCAGGAACGACGAGGUGCAUUUGCGGUUGAGGGUCAAGUUGACAGUUCUGGAUACCGGCAGCAACAAAAAACCCAAUUCUUCAGCCGGACAUGGGAGCAGCGUGAAGAAGAGACUGAGGACAUCUACUGCCAACGGCGAUAUUGACAACCAUACAGCAAUAUCGACAACGACAGCGGAUGUAGAGAUGACACCUAGUACCCAGGAGAACAAAGACACGCUAGCAUCGGCAUCGGCACCAGUACAAGCAACAGGAAUGGGAGGCGAGAACAAAAACCCGGCGGGAGUGACACACUACCAUCACGAUCCCAAGACGGUGGUCAGUAGGCAGUACCAGUUGUGUCAAUAUGGACACCCAGAACCCGGCAGGAACCUUGUUGUCCGGUCAGCGAUCUUGGUCAAGAUCCAUGGCGAUGCUUUUGGAUUCAUGACGUUGCUUGGAUAUGGGUUCGAGGAGGAGUAUGUAAGGAGAGGAUACAGCUUUAUGUACAACAACAUCUGCAGGAUAUCUGUCUUCCGCGAAUACAAGUUGUCGAAGCAGCAUGACGCAUUUUCGGCAAUUGUGCCUGAGGAAGAGACGGCAGGAGGGACUGCUGCCGAGGCGGCGUCGCCGUGGCAGGUCGAGAUUACAUCGAGCUUUGUCUCGCAGGAGAACGUCAAUUCGAUGUCGGAGGAGAUCAACCUUGUCCGCAACCUGCUUGCUGGAUCUGUAGCCUUCCAGCAGUAA